UUUAUAUUUUGAAACAUGUCAAUAGUAUUGAAUGUUGUACAAGAGAUUGUUUUGCACAGCAUAUACGAGUUGACCUGCUCAGCAGCACUUCAACUAUUCAACAGAUACAAAAUCUUGGAUCGAAAAUCAACGGAUAACUAUGCAGAUCAGAAUGAAAACGGUGAAAUCCAAAACAAGAUAAUCGAUAAUCAAGUACGAAAUCCGUCCAAAGUGCCAAGAAAUUGUUUAGAGUUGGAGGCAAUGACCAGUGACAAAGAUGUAGGAUCAGACAGCGUGAUCUCACAACUGGAUGAGGCUUACAUGAACACCAGAUCAGGGCCAGAGUUUGCCGAAGAUGUCCAUGAACUGGAAUCCCGUUGCGUGAUCACGCAAUCUUGCAAAAGUAAUGGACCCAUUUGUCCGCCAAUGACGUCCUGCAUGCGAGUGACCAGAAACAGCUACUUCUCGUAG